AAAAAUAAAAAUAUCAUUUUUAAAAUAAUGGGAAGAACAGGAAUUGCAGUUGGUUUAAAUAGAGGAUUCAUUACAUCUUCAUUAACAAAGAAAUAAUUAAGAAGAAGACCUUCUUAAAGAAAGGGAACUUUGGGUAAGAGAGUCUUACAAGUGAGAAAGAUCAUCUAAGAAGUAGCAGGUCUGAGCCCAUAUGAAAAGAGAAUUAUUGAAUUGUUCAAAACAAAUCAACCAAAAGAUUUAAAGAAGGCAGGAAAAUUAGCAGCUAAGAGAUUGGGUACAAAUAGAAGAGGAAAAAGAAAGAUUGAACUUAUCUAAAACCUCUAUAGAGCCAUGAGAAAGUAACAAUAAAAACAUUGAAAUAUUACAUACAUUAUUCCAAAUAUAGUCAAUCUGAUUUCUU